AUGGCGCCCAAAUAUUUGAAAGUCGCGACCACAGAGUCGCGGUCGCGGCCUUCACCGAACUCCCCGACGCAUAUGGCGACCACUACUCUAAAGGUUGGCGGCAUGACUUGUGGUGCAUGUACGUCUGCUAUUGAGUCCGGCCUGAAGAAUGUGGACGGCAUCGGAAGUGUCUCGGUGAGCUUGGUUAUGGAGAGAGCCGUGGUGAUGCACGAUCCGCAGACGAUACCGGCGGAGAAAAUACAGGAGAUUAUCGAGGACCGGGGAUUUGACGCCGAAGUUCUGGCUACGGAUCUGCCAUCGCCCAUGUUCACCCGGAAGGGGUAUCACUACGAUGACGAUGAUGUCGAAGACGACGAGGAGCCGACGACAACUACGACAACGUUGGCGGUCGAGGGCAUGACUUGUGGAGCGUGCACAUCGGCGAUAGAAGGCGGCUUCAAGGACAUGGCCGGCGUCAAGAAUUUCAGCAUCUCGUUACUAUCCGAAAGGGCCGUGGUCGAGCAUGACGCCUCAGUUCUGAGUGCCGAAAAGAUCGCUGAAAUAAUCGAAGAUAGAGGCUUUGGCGCCUCAAUCGUGGAAUCCCAAAAGGCGGAGCCAAGCACCCGGAGGAGGGGGAGCCCUACGAUAGAAAAGAUAAUAGCAACUACCACAGUUGCUAUCGAAGGAAUGACAUGCGGUGCAUGUACAUCCGCUAUUGAGGGAGGGUUCAAAAAUCUCGAAGGGCUUGUGCAGUUCAACAUCAGCCUUCUAGCAGAGCGAGCCAUAAUUAUCCAUGAUCCAUCGAAACUCUCAGCAGAGAAGAUCGCCGAAAUCAUCGAAGACAGAGGGUUCGAUGCCAAGAUUCUAUCAACGCAAUUGGAUUCUUCAAAUCAAUCCACCACCGCGACGACAUCGCAGUUCAAAGUAUUUGGCGUCCGUGACGCUGCUACCGCUACUCUGUUGGAGGACAAGCUACAAUCUGUUCCUGGCGUCAAUUCAGCGAAAGUCAGUCUGGCUACGUCUAGACUAACUAUAUCCCAUCAUCCAAAUAUAGCUGGACUCCGUGCGCUUGUCGCGCUCAUUGAGGCCGAGGGAUUCAACGCGUUGGUUGCGGACAACGACGAUAACAACGCUCAACUCGAAUCGCUUGCCAAAACAAAGGAAAUAGCGGAAUGGCGGAAUGCCUUCAAAACAUCACUAUGCUUCGCUAUACCCGUUUUCUUGAUCAGCAUGUGCAUUCCCAUGAUGCUUCCAGCGCUUGACUUUGGGAGUAUAGUUGUCAUUCCCGGGUUAUAUCUCGGCGACAUUAUCUGUUUAAUUCUUACGAUACCUGUCCAAUUUGGAAUCGGCAAACGUUUCUAUGUUUCAGGCUACAAGUCCUUGAAGCAUGGCUCACCUACCAUGGACGUCUUGGUUGUCCUAGGGACAUCUGCCGCUUUCUUCUUCAGCGUUGCGGCUAUGUUGGUUUCUGUCUUUGCCCCACCUCACACCCGGCCUAGCACGAUCUUCGAUACAAGCAGUAUGCUCAUCACCUUCAUCACUCUCGGGAGGUUUCUUGAGAACCGUGCCAAGGGUCAGACUUCAAAGGCCCUAUCAAGACUUAUGUCCCUUGCCCCUUCAAUGGCAACUAUUUAUGCGGACCCAAUCGCCGCAGAAAAGGUGGCUGAAGGCUGGGAACUCGCAAUUGGGACUGGAAACGAGCAGAAAGGCUCAGCCCAAGAAGGGAAUGCGGCCGAGGAACAAAUUAUCCCCACUGAGCUUCUUGAAGUUGGUGAUAUUGUCAUUCUACGACCCGGUGACAAGAUUCCAGCCGAUGGCACAGUCACAAGAGGCGAGACAUAUGUCGAUGAGAGCAUGGUGACCGGAGAGGCUAUGCCAGUUCAGAAGCGCAAGGGUAGCACCUUGAUCGGCGGUACUGUGAACGGCACAGGCAGAGUCGACUUUCGGGUGACGAGGGCUGGUAGGGAUACUCAGCUCAGCCAGAUCGUGAAACUUGUCCAAGAGGCUCAAACAACAAGAGCACCGAUUCAGAGACUCGCUGAUCAGAUUGCUGGGUAUUUCGUGCCUAUGAUUCUAUUGCUUGGAUUCCUCACCUUCUCAACCUGGAUGAUCCUCAGUCAUGUUCUGGCAGUUCCACCGCAGAUAUUUAUGGAUGACGCUAGUGGUGGAAAGUUCAUGGUGUGUGUGAAGCUAUGUAUAUCAGUCAUUGUGUUCGCCUGCCCAUGCGCGCUCGGUCUCGCAACGCCCACAGCAGUCAUGGUUGGAACUGGAGUUGGUGCUGAGAACGGCAUUUUGGUGAAAGGUGGGGCUGCAUUAGAAACCGCAACCAAGAUCACCCAGGUCGUGCUUGAUAAGACUGGAACACUGACUUUUGGGAAAAUGAGUGUUGCCCAAUCCAAACUCGUAUCGACCUGGGAAAGCGGUGAGGUGAAAAAGAAAGCAUGGUGGUCGAUCAUCGGCCUUUCUGAGAUGGGCAGUGAGCAUCCUAUUGGCAAAGCUAUUCUGGCUGCUGCAAAAGAGGAGCUAGGUCUCGGGAUUGAAGGAACUAUUGAUGGAAGCGUUGGCGACUUCGAAGCCAAUGUUGGUAAAGGCGUUAGUGCUCUCGUCGAACCUGCUACAAGUGGCGAGCGAACCCGUUACAAGGUCCUGAUCGGCAGCGUCAAGUUCCUCCGAGACAACAAGAUUCCCGUCCCCCAAGGGGCAAUUGAUGCUUCCGAAGAAGCCAACGUGAGAGCCGCCCGCCCGUCGAAAACAGCAUCUGCUGGCACGACAAACAUCUUCGUUGCAAUCGAUGGCGAGUACGCUGGGCAUCUUUGCCUCUCUGAUACUGUCAAAGACAGUGCUGCCGCCGCCAUAGCAGCCCUCCACCGUAUGGGGGUGAAGACUGCCAUUGUCACUGGCGAUCAGCGUUCUACCGCUCUUGCCGUCGCCCGCAUUGUCGGAAUACCUAGUGAAAAUGUUCACGCAGGCGUCACACCUGACCAAAAACAAGAAAUCAUCCGCGACCUUCAAGCCCAAGGCGAAUGUGUAGCAAUGGUCGGAGACGGCAUCAACGACUCGCCCGCGCUGGCCACGGCGGACGUUGGCAUUGCCAUGGCCUCGGGUACCGAUGUGGCCAUGGAAGCUGCAGACGUCGUGCUCAUGCGUCCAAAUGAUCUUAUGGAUAUCCCUGCCUCCAUCCAACUCGCGCGAUCGAUUUUCAACCGCAUCAAGCUCAAUCUCAGCUGGGCGUGUGGGUACAAUUUAGUUGGCCUCCCGUUUGCCAUGGGUCUUUUCCUGCCUUUUGGCUGGCAUUUGCAUCCCAUGGCAGCUGGUGCGGCAAUGGCGGCAAGUAGCGUGAGCGUCGUUGCCAGCUCUCUCCUCCUUAAAUUCUGGAAGCGACCUCGGUGGAUGGACGAUGCAUUGGUAGAAGAAAAGGGACAACUAAGGAGACGUGGCAAGGGAUGGGGAAUCAAGGGCCUUGUUGAACGAGUGGCGGGAGCUGCGAGAUCUGUAACGGGAAGGAAGAAGGAGGCGGAUGAUGGUUAUGUACCGCUCAAUACAUUGGAACAAGUGUAG